AUUUAACAACUGUCAUUGAUUUGUUAUUAAUGUCGCUAUUAAUUUAAUCUAAUAAUAAGUGUACAUUUAUGGCGCUUAUAAAUAUAGAUAAUGAUCCUUGGAUCAGCGAGCACGAUGGGUGUGAGAGAUUGUGCCGUGAAAUAAUGUCGCAAUUAGUCCUGCGUGGUAAAGAACAAAGGACAUCUCAUGAAUUUGCCAGAAUAUCAGCAGCCAUAAGGUUGAGGCUCAAACAAUAUUCAAUAGAAGUGAAACAAUUGAGACAAAAGUUAGAUCUAUCUUCUAAGUCUCGAAGUAUAACUGCAGAAGAAUGUGAGCGACGGACGAGGCAAUUAGAAGUGUUAGAAUCAAAAGAGGUACAAAUGCAAGAACAAUUUAAUAAUCAAUUAAAAAGUAGCGCAGAACAAGAAAGAAAUCUUUUACUGAAUCCAUCAAACUCCAACUCAAAGUUUAAAGAUUUGGGAAAUGCUUCUUGGGGGCCUAGUGAUGAUGAGCCACUUAUUGAUAGUACCCCUGCUUAUAUGAACAAAUCAACUCAGGAAUUGCAAAUACAGAAGCAGAAUAUGCUAGCUGAUCAAGAUAGAGGCCUUGAAAAUCUUUCUCAAAUAAUUUCACGUCAACGCAAUAUUGCAGAAUCAAUAGGAACAGAAGUUGAUUUACAUAAUGAGAUUAUUGAUGAUUUGGCAGUGCAUAUUGAGCGAACUGAUUUGAGAGUAAUUGGUCAAACUCAAAACAUAAAUGUUAUCAGUAGGAAAGAUACAACCUGGGCUUAUUGGAGUAUAAUUAUUAUCUUAUUCAUAAGUAUAAUUAUAGUAGCUUUAGUGUAAUCAUAAUAUUUCAUA